UUAAAAUAGCAUCUUUGAACAUUAUGGAGAUAUCUCAAGAAAUAGUUCAAGAGAAAUUAAGUCGAAGAGAAAUGACACAGAAUCAGAAUAGUUUUAAUGUGAAAUCAAAUUACAAAUACAAUAUUGUUUGGAAGAACGUAAUUUCAUUAACGUAUUUGCACUUCGGAGGUCUGUAUGCACUGUUCCUGUUGUUUCGUGAUAAUGAAGUUAACAGAUAUACAAUUAUAUGGUGUAAGUACAAACAUUUUAAUUUAUUUUAUUGCCUUACUUGUAUUGUUGCUCAAAGGACCACCUACCACUUUCCUGUUGUGGGAAUUCUUAGUUCGAUGGGUGUCACAGCUGGAGCCCACAGAUUAUGGUGUCAUAGAUCUUACAAAGCAAAGUGGCCCCUUCGUCUUUAUCUAAUGAUUUCUCAAACUCUUUCUAUGCAGAAUCAUAUUUACGAAUGGGUGAGAGAUCACAGAGUACAUCACAAAUUCACAGAUACCGAUGCGGAUCCGCAUAACGCGCGUCGAGGAUUCUUUUUUUCCCAUGUAGGUUGGCUGAUGGUGCGAAAGCAUCCAGAUGUAAUUAAAAAAGGUGCUACUGUUGAUAUGAGCGAUCUGGAAAAGGAUCCCAUUGUCGUUUUUCAAAGAAGGUGGUAUUAUAUCUUAGUUCUGCUCGUAUGCUUCGUGAUUCCGGUGGGAGUACCCUAUUACUUCUGGAAUGAACAAUUCAUACUUUGCUGGAACGGAAAUUUAACAAGAUAUAUAUAUACUUUGAACGUAACAUGGUUGGUAAACUCCGCUGCUCAUAUAUGGGGCAUGAAACCAUAUGACGUAAAUAUUCAACCAACUGAAAAUCUGAUAGUACCCAUCCUUGCUUGCGACGAAAAAUGGCAUAAUUUAAUUGUCAAUGAUUUAAAUAUUGAAUGA